UGAACCGCAUAUUUCCAAGGGGAGGGAGGAUCGCGUGCCCGUGGCCGACAAAAGUGCGGGGGUCGAUCGAAAAUCUCUCGGCUAUGUGCGAAGAUGGGCACCCGCUCCAACCCCGCCGGGAGAGAGACCGCACGUCUUCUCUCUCCCCCUAAGCGUGGAGGGGAGGGUAGAAGGGUAACCUGGCCGUCUCAGGGUGUCAUUCUUCUUAGCAUUUUUCGUCUCUGGAUCAACAGACAGAUAAUAUGCGGCCUCUUUCGCGUCUCCUCGCUCUGCUCCUCGCCGCCUCGGCAGCCCCGUCGUCGGGUUCGAGCCGCUUAGCGGCGGUGGAGCCCAGCGCGACGCUGUCCGCGCCGGUGCCCGCCUUCACGUACGACCGCCACUCGUUUCUGCUCGAAGGCGAGCCGUUCGUCAUCAUCGGCGGGCAGAUGGACCCGCAGCGCAUCCCGCGGGCGUACUGGCACGACCGGCUGGCCAAGGCGCGCGCCAUGGGGCUCAACACCAUCUUCAGCUACGUGUUCUGGAACCUGCUCGAGCCGCGGCCGGGCGAGUGGGCGGUCGGCGACGGCGCCGGCGAGGCGAGCGCCGCCAACGACAUCGCCGCCUUCUUCCGCCUCGCCGACGAGACGGGGCUCAGGGUCGUGCUGCGCCCCGGGCCGUACAUCUGCGGCGAGCGCGACUGGGGCGGCCUGCCGGCCUGGCUGAGCCGCGUGCCCGGGCUGCGCGUGCGCGCCUACAACGCGCCGUUCCUCGCGGCCUCGGAGCGCUACCUGCGGCGCCUCGCCGACGACCUGCGCGGCCUGCAGGCGACGCGGGGCGGGCCGCUGAUCAUGGUCCAGGUCGAGAACGAGUACGGGUCGUACGGCGAGGACCACGAGUACACGCGCGCGCUACGGGACAUCCUGCUCGACGCCUUCGAGGUCCCGCUCUAUACGACCGACGGCGGCGUCGAGUGGACGCUCCGCGGCGGCGAGGUGCCGGGCGUGCUGGCCGCCAUCGACGGCGACCCGCGGUCCGGCUUCGCGGCGCGCGACCAGUACAUCACGGACCCGAGCGAGCUCGGCCCGCUCCUCGAUGGCGAGUACUACACCUUCGCGCCGGACCUGUGGGGGGCGACCAACGCGCACCAGACGUCGGAGGGGCAGCCGGCGCAGGUGCAGCGGCUCGUCGACGACCUCGACUUCGUGCUGGCGGCCAACAACUCCAUCAGCCUGUACAUGUUCCACGGGGGCACCAACUUCGGCUUCGGCAGCGGCGCGCUGUGGAGAAACUACACAGCUACGUUCACGACGAGCUACGACUACGGCUCGCCCGUCGACGAGAGCGGCCGCAUCACCGACCUGUACCUUGCCUUCCGCAGCACCAUCCAGAAGUACGCCCCCCGGGGCAGCAUCCCCCAGUACCCGCAGAACAGACCCCUCCUCGAGAUCAGCAAUAUCACGCUGUCGCCCACGGUCCCCCUCUUUAGCGCACUGGGCGCGAAGGCGACGAGCGCAUCCCCUAUGACGAUGGAGGAGCUGGACCAGGCCUACGGGUUCAUCCUGUACGAGCACACCGUGGACACCGCCCUCGAGGGGGUCCUGCAGCCGGGGGAUCGGGCCCGAGACCGGGUGAUAGUGUACGUCAACGGCGUGCGGCAGGGCGUCAUCGACAGUUCGUACAUCGAGCCAGCCGAGGUGCGCCUGUCCCUGCUGCCCGGCGACACGCUCCGGCUGCUGGUCGAGAAUCUCGGCCGGGUCGGGUAUUGGUCGCGGGAAUCGAACACGUUCGUGGCGCUCGAGGACCCGUACAAGGGCAUCGUGGGCAACGUGACGGUCGGGUCCGCAGUCGUGUCCGGGUGGGACAUCUACCCGCUGCCACUGGACGAGCUGCCCACUGGUGGCGGAACGGCCGCUCCGCACGCUGUCGCCGCAGGGUCGCCGCCCGUCUUCUUCCGCGGCACGUUCCGCGUCGGCGGCGGCGCCGAGAACCCGGACCCGGCGGCGCUGGACACCUUCGUGGCGGUGCCGGACGGCGUCAAGGGCAACGUGUGGGUCAACGGGUUCCACCUCGGCCGCUACUGGGUCGUCGGCCCGCAGCAGUCGCUGUACCUGCCCGGCACCGUGCUGAAGCCCGGCGGCGCCGAGAACGAGCUCGUCGUCCUCGAGCUCGAGCCGAGCGGGGACUCGCUGACGGUCUUCGGCUCCGCCAACAGGAUGUGGGCGAACAACCCCGAUCCGGACUAUCCCUCGGCCCUGCCAUAGCUUUCUUGGGGGUGCCAUCACAAGCUCGCUAGUUCGACAAACCCCUCCGGAGGGGGAGAAGGGGAACGGGAGGGUUACAAGAGGAGCCGAGUGUAGGCAAGGUGUAUUUUUCCCAAAGCGGGUCCCCAUUCCGUCUAAGUCGGGAUAAUGCUGGGACUAUUGAAGCGAUGCUUUCAGCGGAGGCCUAAGGAGGGGCUGUAAGCAAGUAGCUCAUAUACGUAGAGAGAGUAGGGGUGUUAUCCCCUGCUUCGCCCGCAACUUUGA